AUGUUAGCUAGUUCCGACGGAACAGUGCGAGUUUAUAAUGGUCAGACUGGUUUUCUUGAUAAAGAGACAAAUUUAGUCACUAGCUCGGUUGAUAAUUGUUCACGUAUAUCCCUUGGUUAUUUUCCUUCAAAUGAACGUUUAGUAAUUACGAGAAAAACCGAAAUUAACGCGAGAACCCACUCAAAUGGAUCUGUCCUGCUUCAUGGCUUUCUUGAUAAACGCAUUCAAAAUAAAACUGAUAAGAUCAGUCUUGAAUUUUACUCAAAUCAGGGCUCUGUUAUAGAACUUUUUCUUUCCACUGUUGAAAGUUUGUACACUGAUUAUGGAAGUUUGGUUAUAAACACUCAUCACUGUCCUAAUCCUAAGUGGAAAACGUUUACCAUUUAUGGUAGUUAUGAAAUGUUGUAUAGUUUAUUCGAUAAGCUACGGCACAGUAGUGCGAACAAAGGCGUGCUUCUAACUACCCCACUGUUGAAGUCAAUUCUGCAUCGAUUAACACGAGCUGUAACGGAUAGUGACAGUAUUUUGAUUUUUACGGCUAUGCGAGAACCGUUCACUAUGCAAAGUGAAGCCCAUAGACGCCUUACAUUUACUCACUGGCCUCAUAUGGAUUAUCAAUGGGCAACGCCUUCCACUUUGUCUGAAGCUGGAUUUUACUUCCCAUUUAAGUUCCCACUUGACAUUGUAUUUUGUCUUGAAUGUUUAGUUAGAUUGUCAUCUUGGGAACCAACUGAUGAGCCAUGGAGCGAACAUAUCAGACAUUCACCUCAAUGCAGCUUUGUGUCAUCUCCAAAUUCGAAAAGCAUACCUAGUACAUUUUCAUGGUCAACAGAAACAGCACAAACUCAUUCAAUAUCCGAUGAUCCUAUCAUGGUGCUUACAGCUUCUACAUCAAAAGAUUUUGUCGCAACUUCAACAGUCGAUGGUGGGAUUACUGUUUGGGAUCUGUCGUACUUCAACAGACGUUCAUUAGAAUUCAAUCUUGUGGAUGUAUUGAAUGCUUCGAUAGUUACUACUACUACUACUACCACCAGUGAAAUGAUUACUAAAUCUCAACUACAAGUACAUAGUGGAUGUCUACUAGUUUCUAAUUCUUCUACCAUGAAAUUUAUCAAUCUUCCACAACUUCCUAAAAUACAUCAUUUAAUUCUUGGUUGUUGUUUACCAUAUUCAGUAUAUAAUAAAUUACACUCUUGUAUCCAUACCAUGUCAACAACUAAUAAAUUUGAGAAUGUUAAAAAUAACAAUUUUAAAAAAUAUCAACUAUGCCUUAUCAUUAUUGAAUUAACUCCAUUGAACAGUGAACAAGUUAUGUGGAUAGCUGAUUCUACUUUCUCUUCAACAACAACAACGCCAUUUUCUCCCAAAUCGAUAUUUCCUAAUCAAUUCAAUAUACAUUCAAUACCGAUAGAUCUUGUCAAGUUUCUUCCAUCACUUGGUUAUGAUCAUAAUAAUGAUGAUGACGAUACAAUAGAAUAUGAAGAAUUAGGAGAUAUUGAUGAUAAUGAGAACGAAACUGAUAAUGAUGAUUAUGAAGAUGACUUUGAUGAGGAGAGUUCUGACAAGUUAAGUAGCGUACAUAUAAAUAAUAUCAUAACUGAUUCAGCACCCAAAGAUAAUAUUUCAACAUCAGUCAAUUCAAAGCUUAUCGAGAAUGAUUUUUAUACGUAUAUUGGUUUGUCUAGCGUUAUUGAAGAGUUUGUAAAUUUAAAAGCUACGACGGACUGUUAUCACACAUCUUCAAGCAAUAAAUUACAACUAAAGAAAAUAUCUGCUUCAAGUUCAUCCAAUUUGUCGUCAUCAAUAAAACACAUUGAAAAUAAACGAUCUAAUAUGAAUGAAACAACCAAUUCAUUUCUAUGCUCUGACUAUUCUGAAAAUAAAAAUGGUAAGAGUGGAUGUGUUGAGAACUUACCGAAACUUGUUGGUGUCAUACCUUUGUCAGUUACUGCUGAUAGCACUAAUAAUGACCUUGAAAAUCCUAAUUUUCGUAUUUUACAAAUAUCACCACUACCAUUGCAAACAAUAUCCUUCAAUAAUGGUAAUUCUGCUUAUUCUCAAGGUAUACUUGUUUGUUGUGGCUUGUCAAGAUCAUUAUCUCAUGUAGAGCUUCAUCAUAAAACUACUGAUAAUCAAUCGAUUGAGGAUGGUGAUUUAUUUUUAUUCGGAUAUAAUGAAAAUGACUGUAUUCUACCUAAUUCAGUUGGUUAUCACUUAGUUAUUGAUGAAACUCCACUUUUGCACAUUAAAUUGCCUGAUCACUAUUGUCCUGUUCAAAUGGAUGUGGUAUCCAGCACUAAUGAUCUACAUGUUUGUUCUUUAAACACUUUAUACCCUUCAGUUAAAUUACACUAUGAAUGUGGACAAUCAUGUGUAGCUGUCAACAAUACUACUUCUACUACUACUACUACUAAUAAUAAUAAUAAUUUAAAGUUUACCAUAGACUCACCUUUAAUUACCAUAGGAACAUAUGACUUAUCAUUUUGUUGUUUCAUAUUAACAGUAUACAAUUCAUUGUUACAAAUAAAUGUUUAUAAAAAUCUAUUAUGUUAUGCUCAAAUAAUAAUAUCUAAUCCAAUCUUAUCAGUUAAUGAAGAUAACAAUAAUAAUGAAAUAAAUAACAACAAUAUGUAUUGCAAUAUACAAUUUGAUACAUUCACAUAUUGUACUGGUUUAGAAAAUAUAUGUUUAGGCACUGUAAAUGGUGAAAUGUACAUCUAUCAAUUACAUAAUCAUGAAUUAUUUAAAUAUGAUAUGAAUAAACAAAAACGUAUUCAUUUAUAUAAUUCAAUAUUACCAAUUCAUAAACAUUAUGAUGAAUCUUCUGAUGAGAAAAUUGAAUUAUUCUUUCCUAUUCAUAAUCAUAAUAGUAGUCAUAGUAAUAAUAGUUAUUCAUUAAAUAAUCUAUAUGCCUAUUAUAAUUGUCCAUUAGACCAAUGUUUUAUUUUAUAUCAACUUAUUAAAACUAUUCCAUUAGAUUCAUUAAUUCAAGUGAAUUUUCCAAAUCAAAUUGGUUGGUAUGAAGUGGAACUUUUUCCAUUAUUAUCUUCUUCUACAAUAAAACCUACUACAUAUAAUUCUUUUAAUGAAGAAACAUUCAUUAAUAAUAAUAAUAAUAAUAAUAAUAAUAGUAAUACAAUUCGAAUACUUUCUAAAUUAGUUACACGUUAUAUACAAUUAGAAAAAGAAUCAUUUAAGAAAUCAAAAUUAACUAAUGAUAUAUUAUAUAAUAUUUCAGUAAUGUUAAAAUGUGCUACAUUAGCUGUUCAACUUAGUUUAUCAUCUAAUAUAUCUACUCAUUUAUGGGAAUUUAAUACUAAAAAUUGGUAUGAUUAUCAAAAUUUAAUGAAACAAAAUGUUGAUAAAUUGAAUAUGAAUUCAAUUAAUAAAAAUAUCAUACAUAAUGAUUAUGUAAUGUUAAAUUCUCAGAAUAUAUUAUCUGAAUAUCUAUUAGAGAUUAGUUUACCACGAGUAUAUUUAAUUUCACAUUUUAUAUUUCAUUCAACAUUAAAACAGUAUGAUAAAGUGCAAAAUCAAUCCGAUGUAUAUAUAACUCUUCUAAGAAAAAAUAUCCCAUCUAACAAUCCUGUCAGUUUUAUUCAUAAUCCUUCAAAAACCUCAAUAAAUGCCGAUUGUAAUGAAUUUCAUCAUGUAUCGUCAGUUCUUGAUCAUAGUUUGGUGGUACACGAUUUAAACGCUCCAUUUAUCGAUGAUGAAUACGACUGUACACAUUCGGCAGAAUACAAAUCACAAACUUCGGAUGACAAUAUCGACUUCAAUAAUGCAUUACUAUCAAAUUAUUUAAAAAUUCCUGGACGUGUAUAUCAUAUGCCUACUGAAAGCAUCAUCUCAUCAGAACGUCUUCGUGAAUUAGAUGCAAAUAUAAUUGCUGGUCCAUAUUUAUUAAGUGAUUUUCUUAGUAUGAAUGAUCGUUGUAGUAAUAUUCCAAUGACCAGUUCAGAAUUAAUUAAAUCACGUUCACGUUUAUUUUCUGUGCAUAUCAAAAUAAUUGAUGCCAAAAAUGAAACUUCUUCAAAUCUUGAUUGUCAAUCGGCUACUACAGUUCAAAUUCAACAACCACCUUUAUUACUAUCUGAUAUAUUUGCACAAAUUGGUCUAAGUGUUCAUCAGUUUAACACCACCUGUUAUUGUUAUGACCAUCCUGCUCCCCCCAAUGAUUUUGUUAAUGAAACACCAUCGUCAUCAUCGUUAUCAACUGAUCAGCUUACAAUUGUGAAUGAUAUUGAUAAUUAUGGUAAUGAACAUACAUCCUUAAAGUCGUGUAAAAUGCAUACAAUUUUACAUGAAAGGGCUCAGCUUUUAGCUAUUCUACGCUCUAUGAAACUUCAUGAAGAUUGUUUUAAUUUUCUUAGCUCAACUGAUGGUACUUGUAAACAUAAUAGUAAUAAUAAUCAUAAUAAAUGGAGAGACUUCCUUACUCAAAACUCCUACCAUCAUAAUAGCAAUUUUUCGUCAAUUAUUCUAGAUAUUUUGAAUUGGGUUGUGUUGAUGUAUCUUCAUGAGUUAGAAUUAUCAUGCGAUAUCGUAGCGAAUUUAUUAAAUUUGGCUGCAAAUAAUUAUGAGAUGUUAAUUGAAAAUGUAAUUGUACACGGUGAUCGUGAAUGUGUUCAACUUGGAACAAAAUUAUUGUUUAGUUUACUCAAAUUAGAAUUUGUCUUCCUAAAAUAUUGCUCUUCAAAUAAUUCAUCAUAUAAGAAGCCAAUGGUUUUCCAUGUAUUACGCAAUUGUCUGUCUACCGAUAGUAAAACUGCUACUGAUAAUAAUAAUAGUAGUAAUAGUAAAUUCAUUCGUUGGUUAUUAAUUUGUCAAACAUCAGCUGGAUGUGAAACAUUAUUCAGUUUAUUGGAUUUCAUCAUUUCUUAUUCUUUUGAUGAAUAUCGUAAUAAUUUAAAUGAUUUAAAGGCAAAAUUGUUAUUACAAAAUAAUUUAAUGACUUUACUCAAUACAGUUUCAUUGUUUCAUGAGGAUUUCAAUCGUCUACAUCCUUCAUAUCAUUUACCUACAUGUCUUGGUCCACCUAUGCUAUUCAAUCUACCAAUAUGUAAUUGGACUUUCUUAGGUUCUGAAUGCUUACAAUCAACUAAUAAUAGUAAUAACAAUAAUAAAUAUCAGAAAUCAUUUCAUUCAACAAUUCCAAGUACUAGUAAUAAUACUAAUACUAAUACUAAUUCUAAUCAUAAUAUGAAUUUAAAUUAUGAAAAUAUUAAAAAUUGUUAUUCUAUUAAUAAAGAUGUAAUGAAUUUUAAUGGUAUAUUUACACCGAAAAAUUAUAUAACAUUUAUAUCUGAUUCAAAAUUCAAUGAUACUAUUGAUUUAGCGCAAAAUACAAAAUUAAUAGAAACAUCAAAUCAUUUACAAAACAAUGAUAACAUUAAUGAUAAUAAUAAUAAUAAUAAUAAUAAGGAUUCAUUACAUCUACUCUCAUCUAAUUAUUCAUCUGAUGUAUCAUAUAUUAAUUUCUCUGAUAUUUUCACAUUGAUGCGAAGUAAUUUCAUUAUGAAUAUUGAUAAUUCAAAUAAUAUACAUCAUAUUAUAUUAUCAGAUUUACAAGAUUGGCCAUUCAAUGGUAUAUUAGAUGUGGAACCAUUAAAAUUUCCUUUAGAUAAAUUAUCAAUUCAAUUAAAUGAUGAUUGUGAUAUUGAACGUGUGGAUUUUUUUACUGGUGAACAAUUACCAAUAAAUGAUAAUAAUUCUUAUGUAAUAAAAUUCAAUGAAUCACAAGUUGAAACUAAUAAUGAAAAUCAUCAGUUAACAUCUAUUCUAUCUCAUCUCAUUAAUUCCAUUGAAGCUUAUCAUUUAGUAAUAUCUCGUAUGCAUCCAGGUGCACAUCGUUCAGUUACAUUUAGUACUUAUUCAUCAUCAAUAAAUUAUUUAACUGAUUUAAUUAUUCCAAUGAAUCCUUGUUUACAAUGUAUUACAUUAGAAGCUAUAUUCAUAGAUAAAUCAUUCAAGAAACCAAUAAAUUCUACAAAAUUAAUAGCUGUAUCUACUGAUAUAAGUCAUUCUGCUUUAAUAUUACGUGAUAUUUAUCCACCAAUUAAAUUUACUCAUUUACGUAUUUCUAUAGUUGGUCGAUUAGAUUGUCCAUUCACUAAAGCACGUAUUCAUUUAGGUGCAUAUUUUGGACAAAAUGGUAUAUGGGAACAAUUUAUACAUCCUUUAAUGAAAACAAAUUCGAAUAGUAUUGAUUUAAUACAAUAUUUAGAAAGUAUUGUAUUAAAUAAAACAAUGAACUACAUUUCAAUUCAACAAUGUUUAAUGAAUACAUUAGACCAAUUUGAUAAGAAUAAAAAAAUAUCCAGUAUAUCAUUAGAUAGUGAUAAUAUCCAAAUAUCAUCACUAUAUAAACAAUGCUAUAAUUUACAAUAUCAAUUGAAUUGGAUAGAUCGUACAUUGAAUCGUUUAAGAAAAAUAUAUCAACCUGAAAAACUGCGUGAAUAUAAGAGUCGAAUUCAUCAAAUGUCUAAUGGACAGAUAAGAAUGUAUUUGUAUCCAGAUAAAGUGAAGUAUGUUUUGGAACAUUGUUUACUGUGUUUGUUAAGUCAUGCAAAUGAAAUCUGGUCAGUGAUAGAACCUCUUUCAUUAUUAUCCCAAUCAACAGGAGUUUCACCAUUAGACGAUGAUGAUUACACCUUUUUAAAUUAUGUUGAUAAGUGUUGUACAACAUUUUUAAAUGAUAUGAUUAUUCAUGGUAGUCGUUCAAUGCAAAUUCUUACAGUUGGAUUAAUGCCAGUGUUUAUGAAAAUCAACUCAAUUAUUUUACCAAUUCAUCAUACUGAUCAUAAUUAUCUUUAUAGAUUCAUUAAUGAAUUUUCUACAUUGAAAAAUAAUUUUUCAAUAAUAAAAUCGAAUGAUUUACAAAUUGCAUUUACUAAUGAAUCUAGACAACAACUAUUAUUUUGGGCUAUAUUACAACGUUUAAUUCAUUCUGGAAUGUCUAAUUAUCUAUUUGAUACUUCUGUAUACAUUCUUCAUGAUAUAUGGGAUUCCAUAGAUAAGAAUAAUAAAGAGGAUUCAUUUAAUUUGGAAACAUUUCAUAAUGUUCUAAGAAUUAUUGAUACCAUAAUAGAAAAUAGUUGUUCAUCUCUACUUACUGUUCAUAAAUCUUUACAUGAUUUUUUAACCGUAUUAAAUAUGCGUCAAUUAUCAUAUAAUGGUCAAAUAGAUAUAAAUGGUUUAUUAAAAUGGCAUUAUUUUCAUCAAUUAUAUAAUAAUAAUAAUCGAUGUAAUGCUAUAUAUCCUUAUUGUCAAACAAUAAAUACUAAAAUAACUGAUGGUAUUUAUAAAUAUAAUUUAUUAUCACAAUAUCAAUUGUGUAUUGUUUCAUUUUAUCGAUGGCAUUUAGAACAUUUAGCUAAUCUAUCAACUCAAUAUGCAGCUAAUCGUGAUUAUCAUCGCCAAAUUAUUCAGAAAGAUUUAUUCCCAUUGGGAGCAUUGUUUGUUCGACGAAAUAUUGAUUCACAGACAUCAGUAUUAAUGCGACGAUGUAUCCCAGAAGGUAUUCAACAAACCAAUACCUAUCCUAGCAAAUCUUUUAUUCCUCUGGAAACCUAUCAAAUUCCUCAACAACGAUUUCUCUGUAUGUUUGGUGAUGAUGAGUCUUCCACUGAAAAUUCUUUAAUCCAACUAUUACAGAUUUUAACCGAUGUUACAUUAAAAUUUUUAAAUAAUCUAUUAAAUUUAUCAUCUGUGAAUAAUAGCUCUACAAUGUCAAGAGAGUCAAUUUUAUUUCAGAAUUGUUUUGUUAUCUGUCGUCUACUUGGUCGUAUCUGUUGGCAUAUUUCAGGUGAUCGAAUUCGUCAAUAUUUCAUUCCUGAUGGAAAUAUUUACGAAUCUGCACUUUUUAAAUUCCUAACUAACUUUUGUCAACGUCUUGGUGAUCAAUCGUCUCUUUUGAAUGAUAUGAUUAUUGAAUGUUUAUGCCUUACUCUUAAUAGUGAAUGCAUUCCUGAUUGUCCACAGACCAUAAAAACAGAUAACUAUGGAAAUAUUGAAAGUAUUGAUCUUCAUAAAUCUCAAAAUAAAUCGUGGCCUUAUCCAAACAAUUCUGUGGUAAAUUAUCACCUACAACAAACUACAGAUUUAUUAUGGCACUUAUUACCUAGCCAAUUAUUGAACAGAGCACAGUCUAUUUUACUGAAACCAUUUGAUCAACAUCCCAUUGAUCAUAAUCAUGCACAAAGAAACAGACUUAAUUCAUGUAUAACAACAUCAUCAAACAACAAUGGUCAUUUUGUAUUAUGUGAAAUAUUUUCUGAAUGUAUCAAUCUCAUGUUGAAAGAUGCUAAAUCUAUUGGUCAAUUGAAUAAUAAUAAUAAUAAUAAGCUACAAUCGGUUCAUGAUAAUUUGUCUGGUCAACAUCCAUAUCUUACAAAUGUUUUGUACCUAUUUUGUGGAAUUGUUGGUGAACCAAAUUUCAAACCCUGGAAACUUACUUCAAAUGAUGAAACUUUUAAAAAAUGCCAAUGUUAUGUAAAGGCUAAUCUUCAAAUAAAUAUUCAGUUGGAAAGUUUACAAAAUGUCUUAAAAUUAUUGGAAAACUUUGUUCAAUCAAUGAAAAAGACACAAACAAUUGAUCAACAUUACCUAUCUUCAAAAUCUGUUGAAUUUUUGCGUAAUUUUUAUACAUUGUCUAUUCAUUUUUUAGCAAUAUCAGCUGAAUCAUCAGAUCUACGACUGUACAUAUUAGAAUCUUCAAGUUUUUCAAUAUUUCUAAACACUAUACUUACAGAUUAUUCACUAAGAAAUGGUACAAACCGUUCAUGUACAUUAGCUUUAGAAGUACUAUUCACAUGGUUUGCAUAUUCAUCAGUGAAACUAAUAAAUUCUGAUUGUCAUCCAUUUGAUAAAUUUUGUCUCGAUCAAUUAAUUGGUUUGUUUCCAAAGGCAAAUACUUCAGCUCAAAUUAUUGAAGGUCCAUGUGAUUUACAAGCCGUUCUUUUAACAGCCAUAUGUUCACGUAUUAAAUCAUUCAAUCAAGCAAACACCGUUGACAAUGAUAAUAAUGAUUCUGAUUCACUCCAACAAGAAAUUCAAACAACCAUCACCACAUGUUCCAUGCAUACAAUAUCAAAUUUACCAAUGGAUUAUCUACUUCAACUUGUACAAAUUUUAUUAAAUUAUCUAUGUGAUCAGCUUGUUGAGUUGAAUCAACAAUCAUCAACGAAUAAUAAUAAUAAUAAUAGGGCUUAUUUGUUGUGUUUUUCAUGUUAUACUACUGUUGUCGAUGAAGAAUAUGAAUCAUGUCAUAAAAAUUUCACCUUAUGGUCCACACUAACUAGUAAUCAUAUACGACGAAGAUUAAUUAGUGAUCCUUCUAAAAAUAUUGUACAAAAUCCGAAUGAUCAAUCUUCAACUCCUACUACUAGUACUACUACACCAUUAUCAAAUUGUUCCUCAUCAUUUAUUCGACAAUUAACCUGUUGUUAUUUAUAUGGUUUAUGCUCUACAAGUGGAAUGUAUUCACAAAUUCUAUCUAAUAAAACAUACAAUGAUAAAUGUUUAGCAUUGAUUCUUGGAAAUCUUUGUAGAAUUCUAACAGAAACUUUCAAUAAUAUACAUGAUAAAUAUAAAAUAAAAGUAUUUUUUAUCAAAAAUAUUAAAUUAUUUAUAUCCUCAUUAAAUUUUGCUCAUAUCAGUUCACCUAUGAGCACAAUGAUAACAUUAUCUUGCAUGAUUAAUGGUUGGAAAACAUUGAAACAUUUUACUCAGUUAAUUAUUAAUCAUUUUAAACCAGUUAGUAUAUGUGAUUGGUUAUUUUAUUGUGUAAUUAUUGUUAUGCAAUCUUUGGACUCUAUUGAUUCUUCGUCAUCAUCAUCAUCAAUGGUUAUGUCAAAAUCUGCAGUUACAUUCAAAACAUACUUGUUACAAUCGCUUAUAUCUCCAAUUCCUUUAAAUUCAUGCCCAUUAUUUCUAUUAUUAGCUUUAUGUAUUGAAUCUAAUUUAGAAUUACACAAUAAUGAUGAUAAUAAUCAUGCAAAUAUUAUUUUCAAUACUUUUAUAAAUGAUACUAAUAAUCACAAAUCUAUUAGAUCAUCUUCAUCUUCCAUUAUUUCUACAUUAUCUUCUUUUGAUAAUACAAAAUUAUAUACAAUCAAUACAAUUGAAUUAGGUCAAACUUUAUUACAACAAUCAUUUCAUUAUAAUAUUCCAUAUUAUCAACAAUCAUCUGUAUAUAAUUUUCAAUAUUUAACUAAUUCAUUACCUAUUGGUUUAUUUGGUCCAAUUCAUUUAUUCAAACAAUCUUCAUUAGAAUUUUAUCAAAAUAUUGCCAAUUUCAAUUAUCCUUAUCAACAACGUUUACAACCAAAACAAUCAACUCAUAUUAAUACUAAUUGUCAAUGUAUGAAUUUACUUCAAUCGAAUCAACAUAAACCUAUGAAAAUCAAUUCUUCUUCUUCUUCUUCUCAAGAUCAUACGAUUGAUGAUAACAAUGAAGAAAUGUAUUGUACUUCAAUGACAAAUUAUCAUAAAUCAUUCAUUGAUUUUGCGCCUAUAUCUUGUAUUUAUUCAGAUAUAUUAGAUGAACAAAUGACAUCAUUAUGUCAAACAUUAUCUAUUAUGAAUAGUCAUAAUGAUAAUUGUGAAAAUAUUAUAUUUCCAUUAUAUUUAGGUUUUUCAUCAUAUUCAUUUGCACCGAAAAUAAUGUCUACAUCGAAUCUUCUAAAUGAUGUAAACAAUUGUAAUACUACUACUACUACUAAUAAUAAUAAUAAUGAUAAUAACCAUUCAUCAAAUCAAAUUCCGGAAAACUUCAAUUUGUCAGAUUUUAUUAAAACUAAUUUUGUUUUUCAUAGUAAUAAAGAAUCAUUACAAAUUAUUGUAAGAUUUCCAUUUUUAGUACAAUUAGAAUGUGUACAGUUGUCAGUGAUGAAUCCAUUUCAAUCAGCCAGUCAUGUAACUAUUGAGGUGGAACUAUAUCGCGAUUUGCCUGGUGGUUCUCGACGAACAUUUAUCAGUGCACAUAAAAGUAACGAGUCAUCAUUGUCAAAACUUCAUACGAUCACUUUUCCACCACGGUUGAUAUCACAUGUUUUAAUAAGACUGUAUCAUGCUCAGAAUUACAAUAAAACUCUUCGUGUGAACACUUUACGCUUAUUAGGAAGACACGCAAAUGAUAAUAGACUGUUGUUCACAGAAACUUGUGAAACUAACUGCACAAAUGCAAAUAAUUUAGCUGUUGAGAAUUCGUUAAAUAAAAUCAGACCAAUUGUUUUAUUACAUCUGUUACAUAAUGAAAUGCUUUCACAAUUAUUACCAAAUAUAUUCUAUUCAUAUCAGUUUAUCAAUUCAUUAUUACACUGUUUACAUAUUGUUAGUUCAGAUAAAAAAUUAUCAAUGUGUACACGUCAAUUAAUACAAAUGGUUGCAUGUCAUAAUCAAAUUUUUGAAAUGAUCAGUCAUAUAUACAAUUUUACCAGUGAUUGUUCAUCUGAUAAUGAAAAUAAGAUAUUACAAAAUGAAUGGUUUUAUUCACCUAUCGGUUAUAUUAAUGAAGUUGAUAUGUUUUGGAAAUUAUGUCCUUCAUCAGCUGUAUUGUGUGAACGUAUUUUACUUGGAUUAUUGGUUAAUACAGAUAAUGGUAGUAGUAAUAGUCUUGCUAAUUAUAUAUUAACCAAAUUACUAAAUGGUAAUAACGACGAUGACUUAAUAAUAAACUGUGAAGAUGUAUCAUUCACAAGUGUGUCGAAAUCAAAUCAGGAUAUAGAUAACGAAUUCAAUUCAUCUUAUUGGUAUGGUCCAUUAGCUUCAUUAACAUCUACACCAAAUCAACGUUUAUUUGCAUGGUUAUGUUUACAUCAAGAUGCUGGACAAUCUACACGUAUUGAACGAAUCAUUAAUUGGUUAAGUCACUUCAAUGAAUCUAUAAUAAAACAAGAUAUUCUUUCUCAUAAUCGUCAAUUAUUGAAUCAUUGGUCUCAAUUAAUAUUGGUUUUUUCAAGUGUUUUAUGGAGUUUAAGUAGUGUUACUACUACUACCAUUACAACAAUAGAAAUGAAUCAAUGUUCAAAUUUAUGGCAAAAAUAUGUGACAAUUGAUUUUAUUAGUUCUAUUUAUGAUUUAUACAUCUCAAUUAUAAAACAUUAUCAAAUUGAUCUAUCUAUGAAUGAUAUUGAUAAUGAUGAUGAUAAUCCUAAGAACUUAAUCGUUGAAAUUAAACAAUUUACCAAAGUACUAAUCAAUUUAAUGUGCUCUUUGUGUACAAUCCAACCAAAUGUCAUCUCUAUACUUUUAUCAAAACUUUUAAUAAUUCCUACAACACAUUCAUUAUUUAAUCAUCAAUAUGAUAAAUUAUUAUUCAAUAGUCAAUUGAAAGUAUUCAGUUCAAUUCUAUCAUCAGAUUAUAUUGUUUAUUCUAUUUUCUCAAUUAAUAAAUCGAUUAAUACAACAGAUCCAUUUAUAUCAGAUAAUUUCUUUUAUAAUUGUUGUACAUGGUUAUCAAAUUAUUUCUCAAUCAUGAAUAAUUCUGAAUCUUCUUCUUUAUAUUCUUCCACUAGAUUAAUUCUUACCAUUGAUUUAGCUCUUAGAUAUUUAUAUAUAUUAAAUUAUUUCAUGCAAUCAAAUCAAUCUACAAUAUUACGAAUUAUUCUUGGACAAUUAAUUUGUGAACAUUUAUUUCCAAGUGUAUUUUCUUAUUUUACUAUGAUAUUAUCAUCAUCAUCAUCAUCUUUAUUUCAAUCUAUAUCAUUGAAUAAUUUGUAUAAUAAUCAUUUUAGUUCAAGUAUUUAUGAGAUUCAUCAACUACAACAAGCUAUAAUUACUUUAUAUCAAACAGUUAAAUUAUCAAUGUCAUUUUCAAAAUCAUUUAAACAAUUUAAUUCAUAUCAGUUGAAUUUAGAAAGUUCAAAGUUGAAAAUGAAUUGUUUAACUGAUCGUUUAAUUGAAACAUUUAAAGAAUCAUUUAUGAAGCAAAAUUUCAAACUAUCCAAUUUUAUAUCUGAACUAUUAUUGGCACAACCUUUAUCAUUAACACCUUUACCAUUUAAACAAACAAUUGCAGUAUUCGCAGUCACUUCAAAUCAUCCACACGCAUCGACUGAUUUGCCAUGGCCUAUAACUGGUCCACCAGUUGCAUUCAAUAUUCAGUCAUCUGAACUACCUAAAUCUGGAUUAGUUACAUUUUUAUGCCGAGAAAUCCAUCAGUCUGUUUCAAAUAACAACCUAGACUAUUCCAUUCAUCCUAGUCUUUCAACAGCUUUAUUAUUGAUCAAUAUUUAUCAUCCACCAGAAUACACUGGGACUAAUCAUUAUGAAUUUGAAAGAAGAAUUUUAGUGAAACAUUUAAGAUUAAUAAUUUAUCAUUUAUUGCAUCCGUUCACAAUGAAUCGCACUAGUAGUACUACCAAUAAUAGUAGUAUCAAUAGAAAUGUAUCAAGUUCAACUGAAAUAAAUACAAUUAAUGAUUUUGAAUUAUGUCUUAUUCAACAUACACCAAAUAUUGGUCAUACUAUAUCACCUAUUGAUUGGGAUAAUGGUAUAUUUUUACCAGAAGGUUAUACAGAUAAUUGGACUAUGGAACAAUUGAAUAAAUUCACUGAUGAUCAUCCACUUGUGAUUAAUCAGUCUCGUCUACUUUGUUUAUUAAUUCGACCAUGUGAACAUGCUAAAUUUACAUUUCAUCCACCAAAAGCAGUAACUGAACCAUCAUCAUCAUUAAUAAAAGAAUUCCAAGAGACUAAUUCCACACCUUCUUGUUAUUAUUUAUUAAAAACAUUUCAAUCAUCAUUUAUAUGUGAAUUUUUAAAAUCUGGUCUAUUACAUUUUAUAGCAAAUUCUAUUGUUCAUUGGCGUAUUCCAUGUUUAUUAAAUAAUGUACAACAAAAAAGAGAAAAUUCUAUUUUAUCAUCAUUAGAAACUCCUCCUUCUCCUCCUCCUCCUCCUCCUCCUCCUCCCACUACUACUACUACUACUACUACUACUACUACUACUACUACUACUACUACUACUACUAAUAAUAAUAAUAAUAAUAAUAAUAAUAAUAAUAAUAAUAGUAAUAAUAAUAAUUGGAAUCAAUCUGUAAUACAAUUUCAUUCUUAUAUUACUUUCUAUUUUAAUAAAUUUUCAAUAAAUAUUCCCAAUAAAUUCUAUAAUUAUAAAUUAGAUCACUUAAUAAUUCAUAAUUAUCAAUCCAUUCCAAUAAACAAUAAUCUUGAUAAUAUUGAAACAAUGAACAUGAUUCUGCCAAUACAUUGUAUCAUUACUUAUAUAUUAUUAUUAAGAAUAACAGAUUAUGAUUAUAAUUUAUUAAACUUAAUUCAAUCAUCAAUGAAAAUUAUGGAAUUAAUAAUUAAAUAUCAAUUAAACUUAGUUUAUCUACCAAAUUAUUUAAUUCAAUUAGCUAAUAAAUAUUCUAAUUUAUCAUUAUGGACAGAUGAUAAUCAAAAUUUUCAUAUAAAUAAUUAUCCUACUUAUAAUUUACAAAGUAGUAAUUUAAUUCAUUCAAAUAUUUUGCCAUUUCAAUGUUUAUGUUAUUUAUACGAUAAUAAUAAUAAUGAUAAUAAUCGUAAUGUUCGUGGUAAUGGUCAUCAAUCUCUAUGGGAACUACGUUGGAUACAUUUAAAUUCUGGUGUAUUACAGCUUAUCUUAAGUUUCAUGUAUGUUUUAUCUCAUGGUUCAUGUGUAAAUUUACCGCAAAGAUUUGAUGUGAAUGAAGUGAAAACAUUUAUUCAUUCAAUUCAGUUAGAUUGUAAUAAUAAUAAUAAUAAUAAUAAUAAUAAUAAUAAUAAUAAUAAUAAUAAUAAUAAUAAUAAUAAUAAUAAUAAUAAUAAUAAUAAUAAUAUUGAUGAAGAUGAUUCAUUAUCGCUAACUAUUCAAUCAAUCAACGAACUUUAUAUACAUUUUAUUAAACCAGCUUGUAUAGAUUUUGAACGUGAAUUAUUUCCUUCAGUCACAGUAUCUAAUCAAGAUAAUAAUAAUAAAAAGUGUAAACAAAACACAAAUUAUCAAUCAUCUCAAAUUAAUUUCAAUUCAAUACCUUCAUCAUCUGGAUUAAUAUCUGAUAAAAUAAAUUCUAAUUUAUGGGCAAAAGGUACAGGUUUUGCUACAACUCCUACAAUAAAUGAAACAUCAAUUAUAAAUGAUCAUUCAAUUCAUAAUAAUCAUAAAAAUAAUUUUCAAUCUAAAUGGAUCCGAUCAAAACUUCAACGUGAAGAUCAAUAUGCAAUUAUAUUAUGUAAUACAUUGAGUGGAUAUUUGUCUACAUUUAUGCAAAAUUUAAUCAAUACUGAUCAAUUAUUCGAAUUAAUUAUUAUUUAUUUUAUUCAUAAAUUUAAUUUAAUUAAUUUUAUCAUUAAUUAUUUACGUAAUGAUUCUAUCACAGAAAUAAUUAAUCGUCAUUUAUUAUAUCAAUCAAUAUUUCAAUUAAUUCGUAUGAUUAUUUUCUGUCCUCGAUUACAUUGGUUAUUAACAAUGAUUCAAAGUGAUUUAAACAAUGAUAAUCUUGUUCAUUAUAAUGAUAGUUUAUAUGAAUGUUUCAUUUUACAGUCAUUUCAUUCAUUUCAAUUAUAUUGGCAAAAUAUUAAUUUGAAUGAUGUUGAUGAUGAUGAUGAUGGUAACGAUGAUAGUUUAGUGGAGAAUUUAAAUUCAUCAUGUAUUAUUGUCUUAGUGAAACAUAUACUAUUCUAUUUGUCAAAAUAUAAGGAACAGUUAAACAAAUUGGGAUUGAUAAUUGAGUCUUCUGAAUCGAAGCAACCGUCAAAACAAAUUACCUCUAAGUCCAACAUUGAAUUACACCCAACUAGUCCUACCAAUACACAUAUUAGUAGUGGUGGUCUUAUUCGCCGUUCAUCAAUACGAUAUCGUAAUUUUCGUAAACAGCACAUUAAUGAAAAUUUACUAAAAAAUAUACAUUUUAAAAGUCAAAACGUCUAUAAAUCAUCCCAAACAUUCAACACUGCUGAUAUUAAUAAUUCUCAUUGUUCAACUUCUAAAACCUAUGGUUUAUUACAACUGAAAUCUGGUUUCUAUGAUCAGUUCGUUGUUAGUGACAGUAAUACUAAUCAAAUGAGUAGUGAAGACAGAGAUCAACUUUAUACGGUAAUAGAAAGUAAUGCUGAGAUCAACUGUGGUGAUAACGAUGAUAAUCUUAACACUGCUUCUGAAAAUGUUCAUGAUAUUCAUUCCGAGGUAGAAAGAGAACAGGACGAAAACGGAAAUGUUCAUUGUGAGAUUAUUAAAGAUUUAACCGAAAAUGCUAAUCAUUCUCAAUCGAUUAGUAAAGAGAAUAAUCUUGUAAAUGGUGAAUUUCAUAGUCAUUUUCAAAAUGAUAUAUUGGAUGAUAAUCCUGAAAGUACUAACCAUCAAUUCAACAGUGAUAGCAGUUCAACAUAUGUAAAUCAAGAGAUUUUAAUUAUUUUUAAUGAACUAGAAACCACAUAUAAACUGCUUAAAUUAAUUUUGAAAUAUCAACAGUGCUCUGGAAAUAAAUCAUUGAUAAUGAUGAAUAAAUGUCAUCAUAAUGAAGAAGAUAAAUUUACUAAUAAUGAUUACAAAACUACUUUACAUGAAAUACGAUCAACUGAAUAUGGUAACGGCAGUGAUAGGAAUGGUACACUACAGAUUCAAACUUCAUCAAUUAAUUCAAAAAUGCCUUCAACCAAUAAUGCUUAUUGUACAGCUUUAAAAUCUAUACACUUUCGUACGAUCAAAUUUUUUUCACCUUCCGUGAAUAAUACUGUUUCUUCAAUAGUCCCACAUGGAUAUGCGAAUUUAUGUGCCCAACAUGAAGGUUUCAUCUUAAUUAACAGUUUUAAUACAAAAAAAUUAUUCAUUUAUUCCGCGUCCACCUCUACCUCUGGACUAAAUCCUGAUCAAUCUCAUAAACUGUCAACGGUUACUUCUACCACUACUAGUUCUCAAUUGAAAAUAACCCCAAAAAAUCGAUCAUUUCAUCGGUUGCAACGUCUCGCUCAGGAAAUUGUAACAUUGAAUACUAGUUUACCAUUGUCUGAAAAUGCAAGUGUGUUUAUUUGCUGUGAAGAAAAUCAUUUGUGUUUAUUAAAGGCACUAAUUACUGGACCUCCUGAUACUCCAUAUGCAAAUGGAUGUUUUGAAUUUGACAUAUACACACCGCCAGAUUAUCCAAAUCAGCCGCCUUUAGUUGAAUUUUGUACAACAGCGAAAAAUACAUUCCGUUUUAAUCCAAACCUGUAUGAAGAUGGCAAAGUAUGCUUGUCAGUGCUGAAUACAUGGCAUGGAUCAAGUGAAGAACGAUGGAACCCUCAAACAUCAAGCUUAUUACAAGUAUUAGUAUCAAUUCAAUCGUUAAUUUUCGUACGUGAACCUUAUUUUAAUGAACCGGGUUUCGAGUGUACCAUGGGAACGCCUAAAGGCAUGAUUGUCAGUUACAAAUAUAAUGCUCGUAUUCGUGUUGCAACUGUUCGUUGGGCUAUGAUUAAUCAAUUAAAGCAUUUACCAAUUGGUUUUGAAGAGGUAGUUUUAAAACAUUUUCUAAAUCGACGUUCAUUUAUUAUUACUCAAGUUGAACAAUGGAUAUUUGAAAUGCGUAAUCAUGCACAAUUUAAGAGCGUAGAAAUCUAUGUCAAAGAGCUUGAAGAUUCUUUACCCAUCUUGAAAACGGAACUUAAUCGUCUAGAAGAACGUCUUAUUGAUUGGAAUGAAAAACAUAGUCAAAUGUAAUUUAUCUCAAUGAAAAGGUAAUACCAGAGUAUAUAUGUAUGUAUAAAUUAUAUAUAUUUGAAAUACAAUAAUUAUGAUAACUAACUUGUUUAUUAUUUCUUACUUUCCAAUCUUCAUUGUACACAUUGAUUCUUGUAAGUUAGCUUACACUUUCUCUUUUCUUUUCUUUUAAUGUAUGUAAAUCAUGCACAUAAAGAUGGGUAACUAUAAGCAAACAAUUAUCUUUCAAUGUUUAACAUUAUUAUUAUUAUUAUUGGUGGCAGUAGUAGUAGUAAUAGUAGUCGUAGUAGUAUUGUGAAGAUAUCUAUUUUCUAAACGGCUUUUUUUUAAAACUUUGAUUCAUUUAUUAAUUUUGCCUAAUAUUCAAUCCUGUUAAUGAAAUGUAUAUCUAGUGUGAUGUUUUGUCUUUUAAUUUUGUGCAUCUUUAAUUUCUUCUCAGUUUAUUUAUAUUCUCAUUUGAUUCUUUUAUGAAAAUGACAAAUUUACUGUUUAUCCGGGUAUGUUUAUGAUUGUAUAACAGUUAUGUAUUUGCUUUUACUGUUAUACUUUAUUUUUUUGAAAGGAUUCUACGAUCAGUAGCUGAGAUAAAUUAAAUGUUUUUUCACUGG